AUGGCAAAAACAAAGAAAAGCGCUAAGGAUAGUUGUAUACAGAAUAAUAUGGUAACAGCGCCAAUGCCAAACGAUUUGGAAGACUUUGAGUCCCUGCUGGAACCUGAUUUUGAUGCUAAACAAUUCGGUAAUGAUUUACUGAAAGCUACCAAUAACAAUGACACAACUACUUUGGACUUAAACACGCCUCUUAAAAAGCUAAAUUAUGAUCUCCACGAGAUUGACUCUAGGAUAGAUCAACUGAUAAACACCAAUCCUUUGGAGAUAAUAGAGUUAAUUUAUAAAAAUGAAAAUGCCAAUUCCACCAUAGUUGGUGAGUUAAAACCGAGUUUAGAAUAUUUGAACAUAUCGUACGAUAGACUAAAGACGCAAGUUCUAGAUCCUUAUGAAAGAGCGAGGAAAGUACAAGUUGCACUAAGCAAGGUUUAUCAAACGUCUCUUCUUUUACGCGGGGCUUUGCUUUAUAUCCAUUUGUCAGACAAAUUAAACACAAUGUCCAAAACAGCCCAAUUAAACACAUCAAUAGCAGUCAAUUUAGCCUCGUUACACUACCAACUCGAAAUUACGCUAGAUGAAAAUAAAAAUCUAAAAUCCCUGCAGAAAAUUAAACAACUGGAUCAGGACAUUGUUUCUCCCAAAAAAAGAGAGCUAAUAACAUUUUUGUCUUUGCAAAUGUCCAAAGAGUGCUUGAACUCUAUUAAAAUCAAAUCAAACAAAGAAACAAUAUCUCAGUUAGCCUAUUCUCUCUACUUACUUUCACCACAAGAAUUCGAGUCUACAGUAACCAAGAUUAUACUAUCUAACGUCACAAUAAGCUCACAAAUUUUAUCGAAAACUCUAAAUUCUAUCAGAAUGUUUCCUGAAGCGUUCAAUGAAGUUGUCGAAAAAGGUUAUAACAUCUACUUUUUAGAAACAUUACUGCGAAACAUAAAAACCGAUAAUAUCACGACUUCCUCAAAAUCUGUUGUUGCUAAUAAAUCACACCUUGGCAAUCUUUUGUCAGAAUAUAAUUCAAUGAAGAGCAAAGCAGGUCCUGGUACACCAAGAGAUCUGUUUUGGAACAAAGUUUCAUUCACCUUUAAAAAGGACUUUGAAAUAUCUGUUAACAGAGGAGGCCCCGUGGGCAAGUCGCUGCUAAAAAACAAAGAUUUUAUUAUUGACACUAUAAAGCAAAAUAUGAAAAAAUCUUCUGAUAAUAGCGAUUACCAAAGCUACUUGGAUAUAAUGCUAAACUCGGUGUCUAUUUCUCCGAAUAAAUGA